CAUCUUUCUCCCUUUGAUAAAUCUUAAACCAUCUUUCAUCCUCUUCCUCUCUCUCUCUCUCUCACUCAAAAAUCUUCAGAAGAGGAAAGAGAAUACAAGAAUGAAGAACGGGUCAGGGAACACGAACACGAAGCUCAUCCUCCUCCAUCCUUACAUCCAAAAACAAUCAAGCACGACUCGCUUAUGGCUCCUCGCUUUCGUCUCUUUCUUCACCAUCAUCUUCCUCCUCACUCUCCUCUACACCAGAGACACAAUAAUCCCUUCCAAAAACACAUCCGUCGCCGCCGCCGUAGCCGCCGUCGUCACAUCCGCCGCCGGAGUUUCACCUUCUCCAACAACCACCACCACCAACUCCAACCUCCCCACAACGACCAUCAACGCGUUGCUCCACUACGCUUCAAGGUCCAACGACAGCUUCCACAUGUCUUACGGCGAGAUGAAGUCAAUCUCCGACGUCCUCCGCCGCUGCGCUCCGCCGUGCAACCUCCUCGUCUUCGGCCUCACGCACGAGACUCUCCUCUGGAAAGCGCUAAACCACAACGGACGCACCGUCUUCGUAGAGGAGAACAGAUACUACGCGGCUUACUUCGAAGAGAUCCACCCGGAGAUCGACGUUUUCGACGUUCAGUACACGACCAGAGCUCACGAGGCCGGAGAGCUAGUCGCGGCGGCGAAAGAAGCCGCCGGUAACGAGUGCCGUCCCGUGCAGAAUCUCCUCUUCUCCGACUGCAAGCUAGGUUUAAACGACUUGCCUAAUCACGUCUACGACGUUGACUGGGAUGUGAUCUUUGUGGACGGGCCACGUGGCGACGCGCACGAAGGACCCGGGAGGAUGUCGUCGAUCUUCACGGCGGCGGUUCUUGCUCGGAGCAAAAAGGGCGGGAGUCCGAAGACGCAUGUGUUCGUGCAUGACUAUUACAGAGACGUUGAGAGGCUCUGUGGAGAUGAGUUCUUGUGUCGGGAGAAUCUUGUCGAGUCUAAUGAGUUGCUUGCGCACUACGUGUUGGAUAAGAUGGAUAAGAACAGCACGCGGUUUUGUAGUGAUCGUAAGAAACGCUCUGUUUCUUCCUUGUCCUAAAAAUUUGAGAGACGUCAUGCAUUGUUGUUAUGCGGGGUGUUGUAAAAAUAAAAAGUUUUCUUCUCAUUUGUAAAUCUUGGAUCUUAUCAUCUGUGUUAAGAUUUUAAUUUAAUCCAAUCGAUUCUCUA